AUGAUGUUUCCCGAUAUCGAUCGAUUCAUACCAAAUUUAAAAUCAUUGCUUGUUGUUUAUGAAUAUAUUGUUCAUCGUUAUCAAAUAUCAAAAUGGCUUAAUAUUAAUUUGCAAGUUAAAGAUUCUUCUUGUUCGAUAUCAUUAGCUCCUCAUAUGCUUGUUACAACAAUGCUUUCAACUAUUCCUGAUGUUGUUUUUGGACCUUUUUGUGAUCUUGCAGUAGCACCUGUAGCUCGUCUUCUUCAUUUUCAAAAUAUUCCUCUUGUUACAAUGGGUGCCGCUUCUAAUGAAUUUACCUUACAAAGACAAAAAAUGUAUUCAACAUUAUUUCGAUUUGGAUAUCGAACAGAUGAACUCGGCUCAUUAUUUGUCAAACUCUUACAAUAUUAUAAAUGGUCAUUUGUAAAAGUUCUCUACGAAGAUAAUCCAAAACCUUGGCAUGAAUGUCAAGUUCUUUUACGACCAAUUGCACAUACAUUUACAUCGAAUCAAAUUCGUUCGGAUAAUCGAAAAAUUACAAGUCAUGAUGUGGAUGAUAAUUUUAAAUCAAUUUUUAUUGAUUUUAUUAGUAAUAAUGCGUCAGUGUCUUUGUGGUGUGUUAGUCCACAAACGUUUCGUUCUGCUGUAUUAACAGCUAAUAAACUUGGUUUUGUUAAUGGAGAAUAUGUUUUUAUUUAUCUUGAUACAGUUUUAACACAAGAAAAUACUGAUGAAAAAAGUUUAGCUGUUAGGCAACCAUGGUUUAAUCCAAAUGAAACAAACAGUGAAGUUAAUGCAAAUGCACGUCGUGCUUUUGAAACUGUAUUAUUUGUUCGACAACGUCUUUAUACUGGCGAACGAUUUCGUCGAUUUGCUGCUGAUGUAGUUGAUUUUGCGCGUCAAACAAAUCGAACGAAACAAUUGACUCAUGAAUCAAUUGGUACCGAUGAAACAAACUUCUACGAUGCCGUUGUAACAUAUUUUAAAGCAUUGGAAACAUAUUAUUCAGAUCAUUAUUUUCAAAAAAUGACAAACAGUGAUGAAACAAUAAUUUAUCCAUCCUUAAACGCACCUACAUUUAAAACAAUGAUAUGUAAUCGCUCAUUUGAAGGCACAAAUAGAAAUAUAACAAUGAAUCAAAUUUGUGAUCGAAUUGAUAUUGGUUAUGCUGUUUACGAUUUGAAUCCAGAUAAUGGCGAAUUAGAGGCUGUUGUUGCUUAUCCAGCAGAACCAUUUUCAAUUGAAAAUACACAAUUACAAUGGUUAAAUGAAUCACGUCUUAUUUAUUUUAUUGACAAAAAUUCAUCAUUCAUUCCUGAUACUCCACGAUGUGGCUUUAAUAAUAUAAAAUGUCCUAAAAAAACUCUCAUUCCGAUAUGGGGUUGGAUUAUUAUAAGUCUUUCAGCAAUUAUUGUUCUUCUUCUCAUUGUCGGUUUUAUUUUAUAUCGACGAGCAAAAUUUGAAGCUGAAUUAAAAGCAAUGCAAUGGAUAAUUAAAUGGGAAGACUUAACAACACGAACACUAUUACAUAAUGGUGUUGCUACACCAUCAUUCAAUAAAUUAUCUAGUUCAAUGAAACGUAGUUCUGUUUCAAGUUAUCGUUCAGCUGAUAGUGAAUCAUGUGGACCAUCGAAACAAACAUUUACAAAAACAGCUGUUUACAAAUCAUCAGUUGUUGCUCUUAAACGAUUUCAUAAAGGAAAACUUGAAACAACACGUGCACUUCAAUUAGAAGUUAAAGCAAUGCAAGAUCUUACACACGAUCAUAUAGCUCGUUUUAUUGGUAUAUGUAUUGAUCCAAAACAUCAAUAUAUAGUAACAGAAUAUUGUCCAAAAGGCAGUUUACAGGAUAUUCUUGAAAAUGACGAAAUAAAACUUGAUACAAUGUUUAAACAUUCCAUCAUGCAUGAUAUUGUUAAAGGUAUGCAACAUAUACAUAAUAGUCAAAUUGGAUCACAUGGAAAUUUAAAAAGUUCAAAUUGUGUUGUCGAUAGUCGAUUUAUUUGUAAAAUAACUGAUUUUGGUUUACCAACAUUACGAUCAAAUACAAAUAAAGAUGCAUUGCCAGGUGUUGAUAGAGAUUAUACAUAUUAUAGAAAUCGAUUAUGGACAGCACCAGAAUUAUUACGAGACCCAAAUCCACCGGCUGCGGGUACAGCUAAAGGUGAUGUGUAUAGUUUUGGUAUUAUUUUACAAGAAAUUGAAUUACGUAAUGGACCUUUUUAUUUACGAGAUCAAGAAUUAGAACCAGCUGCCAUUGUUGAAAGUGUGAAAUCAGGCAGUUUACUCCGGCCAUCAAUUGAAGCGGGUGAAUGUAAUAUUGAAAUAGGACAUUUAAUGAAACGUUGUUGGAAUGAAGAUCCAAAUGAAAGACCAGAUUUUACUGAUAUUCGACAAGUUAUGCGUCGAAUAAAUAAAGAUGGAGAAAGUGGAAAUAUUCUUGAUAAUUUACUUAAACGUAUGGAACAGUAUGCAAACAAUCUUGAAGGUCUUGUUGAAGAACGUACAAGUGAUUAUUUAGCUGAAAAAAAGAAAGCUGAAGAAUUACUUUAUCAAUUAUUACCUGCAUCGGUUGCUUCACAAUUAAUGGGUGGCCGACCAGUAACAGCUGAAUCAUUUGAAUGUGUUACGAUUUAUUUUUCUGAUAUUGUUGGUUUUACAAAGAUAUCAUCUGAAAGUACACCAUUACAAGUUGUUGAUCUUUUAAAUGAUCUUUAUUCAGUUUUUGAUGGUGUUACUGAAAAUUAUGAUGUUUAUAAAGUUGAAACAAUUGGUGAUGCUUAUAUGGUCGUUUCUGGUCUACCGACACGUAAUGGGGAUUUACAUGCUCGAGAAAUAGCUCGUCUUUCAUUAGCUCUUCUCAAUGCUGUGCUCAGUUUUCGUAUUCGACAUCGACCUGAUACACAAUUAUUAUUACGCAUUGGUAUUCAUUCUGGUCCAUGUGUAGCUGGUGUUGUUGGUCUUAAAAUGCCACGAUAUUGUCUAUUUGGUGAUACUGUUAAUACUGCAUCCCGAAUGGAAUCAAAUGGUAAAGCAUUACGUAUUCAUGUAUCAUCUAGUACAACAGCUAUUCUACAGAAAUUUGGUACAUUUGAACUAAAAUUUCGUGGUGAUAUUGAAAUGAAGGGUAAAGGAAAACAAAGAACAUAUUGGUUACUAGGCGAACAAGAUGGUUUGAGUGCUCGACAUAGUUUGGUGAAUUGGGAUGACGAAACUGUUGAUGAGCAUUAA